AAAGUCACUUCUAGCAUGGAGCUGAAAGCCAGCAAUGGAAAGACACUUCCUGCCCUGACGGUCUUUUCCGAAAGCCUGCGCUACCUGAAGGAACAUGCCCUGAACACCAUCCAAGAGGCCUCUUUCCAAACAGUCUGUGACCAGGAGGAGAUCACCUGGGUUGUUACCGUCCCGGCCAUAUGGAACUCGGCUGCCAGGCAGUUCAUGCGUCUGGCGGCAAAAGAGGCAGGACUUAUCUCUAACAUGACUUCUGAGAAGCUGAUUAUUGCCCUGGAGCCGGAGGCUGCAUCGCUCUGGUGCAAAAAGCUUCCACAGGAAGGGUUUAUGGCAGACAGCAGUGACAAGAAGAAGUUUGAAGACUCCCCUGGGAUCCAGUAUAUUGUUGUUGACUGUGGAGGUGGCACAAUAGACAUCACGGUACACGAGAUCCAAGAAAACCACUACCUAAAGGAGUUACACAAGGCAACUGGAGGUGGAUGGGGAGGCAACAGAGUGGAUGAAAACUUCACCAAUUUCCUCAAGGAAAUAUUUGAUGAUGGUGUAUGGGAUGAAUAUGUAAAAAACCACCCUACCGAACUACAACAUAUGAUGUACAACUUCAGUCUACAAAAAUGCUCUACUAGCAGGGAGGACGUCUACAUACAUUGCUACUACAACUUGACCAGAGUGGCAGGGUGCAAGAAGGACAUCUCCCAUUUCUUCAAAAAAGCAGACGGAGCUGUGUGGCGUGACGGAAUGAUCAUGAUUACAUGUGAGAAAAUGAAGAGCUUUUUUGACUACAGUAUCAAAAAUGUCAUUCAUACUGUGAGGGAAAUUCUUGACAAGCCUAGGAUGGCCAAGGUCCAGUACAUUUUGCUUGUGGGAGGCUUUGCGUCCAGCAUCAUCUUGAGAGAUGCGAUCAGUCAGGCCUUUAGCAGAAAGUAUCAUAUCCUUUGUCCAGCGGACGCCCAAGUGGCCAUUGCAAAAGGGGCUGUUUUAUUUGGAGUCAAUCCACACAUUGUUGCCUCAAGAGUCAGCGCUCGAACAUAUGGCUUAGCAGUAAGUAGUGAGUUUGAUACUGCUAUCCAUGAUGUCCGUAAACUAAGGGUCUCAAAAGCUGAUGGCUGUAUUUAUUGCACAGAUCUCUUCAAGAAAUUGGUGGGAAUUGAUGAGUCGGUGAAUAUAAAUGAAAUUGCCCACUAUAAUUUCCAUCCAACAGAACCAGAUCAGACAAGUGCCUGCUUUUCCUUCUAUUGUACAGAAAAGCAGGAUGCUCAGUACGUAGAUGAGGAAGGGGUGGAACUGCUUGGCUCCUGUACAGUGCCAAUGCCAGACACAAAGCUGGGGAAGAAACGUCAGCUAGAACUGGAUAUUAAAUUUGGGCUGACUGAAUUUAAAGCCACGUGUACUGACACUACUUCCAAAGAGUGUCGGGUAGUUGUAAUAGAUUUUUUAGCUGUGUAA